AGGACCCCCGCGCCUCCCACGCUCCAGCCCUGGCAGUCGCGCUUGGAAGGGCCAACAUGGCGCCAUCCCCUCGGCCCCCUCGGCGUGGAGGGCGGAGCCGCGCGCAUCACGUGACCGCCGCCCCCCACCCCCUCCUCCGGCAGCGCUCCCUUCGCCUGCUCCCUUCCCUUGCUCCUGGAGCGCGCGGGUAGUCCGGCGGUGCGCAGAUGGUGUCCUGCUCCUGUAGGGGCGUCCUCCCUUGUCCCGGCGCGUCCGCGAGCGUCUCUCCCCGCAGCAAAGGCGGGAGCAGGGCCAGGAAAGGGGGCGCUAGGCUGUGCAGAGGCAAAGGGGCUCCAGAACGUUGUCUCUUGCCGCUGACACCGAGGCGGGAGGUUGGAGUCCCGGACUAGGGGCUGGGCCAGAGGAGACCGCGCCGGCGUCCUGGGGGACGGCCGGGCGCGUGAGGGCGAGGCUGUUGGGAGAUUCAGGGCAUUCCGCCCAGACCGUAGGUGCCGUCGGGGACUCCGGGUCCCCUCGGAGCUCCGGUCACUUGGCUUGGGCAUUUCACAGGUUUCCCAUCGCCAUCCAGCCACUCAGAGCCAGCAGGAUUGAUCAGCCCAAUGUUGUCGUCCUCCUGAGGAGAGGGGUCAAGCCCGUCAGCCGGAGGGGACUCGAGAGGGAUGGCCCGGCCCUCGGGGGGUGGAAGGAGCAGAGGUUGAAGAGGGCGGCGGGAGCGGGGAGCACCUCCUUGACUAUCAGAUGCCUCCUGUGUUUCCAUCUCUGCCGAGUGGGCUUGGCCGCGCUGACUACCCGGGAGGAGGGACGGACGCAGCUCGGCCGGCUCUGACCGUGCCGCCUCCAUGUGGCUGCUGACGGGGACCCAGGAGGGAACCCGCUUGGGGCGCAGCCUCGCCCUCUUCCCUCCCCACCUCCCAGGCGCCGGGGCUGGCGAUGUGGAGAGGUGAGGGGACCCGAGGCUGCCCCGGGUUCUCCAGGACUCCACCAGGCGCCCGCGUGUUCCACGCACCCGGGGCAGGAGCGACCCAGGCUGGGCUCCGAGGUGGGCGGACGGGCGGGCGACGAGUGGAGCCGGAAACCCUUCCUCGACAUGGGGCACAACGGCAGCUGGAUCUCCCGAAACGCCAGCGAGCCGCGCAACGCGUCGGGCGCGGAGGCUGGGAGCGCCAACCGCAGCGCGCUCGGGGAGUUCGGCGAGGCUCAGCUGUACCGCCAGUUCACCACCACCGUGCAGGUCGUCAUCUUCAUAGGCUCGCUGCUCGGUUCAUUAAAAACCUAGCCUGCUCCGGGAUUUGUACCAGCCUGGUCUGCGUGCCCUUUGACAUCAUCCUCAGCACCAGUCCUCACUGCUGCUGGUGGAUCUACACCAUGCUCUUCUGCAGGGUCGUCAAAUUUUUGCACAAAGUCUUCUGCUCUGUGACUAUCCUCAGCUUCCCUGCCAUUGCCUUGGACAGGUACUACUCCGUCCUCUAUCCCCUGGAGAGAAAAAUAUCUGAUGCCAAGUCCCGCGAACUGGUGAUGUACAUCUGGGCCCACGCAGUGGUGGCCAGCGUGCCCGUGUUUGCAGUGACCAACGUGGCCGACAUCUACGCCAUGUCCACCUGCACCGAAGUGUGGAGCAACUCGCUGGGCCACGUGGUGUACGUGCUGGUCUAUAACAUCACCACGGUCAUCGUGCCUGUGGCUGUGGUCUUCCUCUUCCUGAUACUCAUCCGCCGGGCCCUGAGCGCCAGCCAGAAGAAGAAGGUCAUCAUCGCGGCCCUGCGGACCCCACAGAACACCAUCUCUAUCCCAUACGCCUCCCAGCGGGAGGCGGAGCUGCACGCCACCCUGCUGUCCAUGGUGAUGGUCUUCAUCUUGUGUAGCGUGCCCUACGCCACCCUGGUCGUCUACCAGACCGUGCUCAACGUCCCCGACACGUCCGUCUUCUUGCUGCUCACGGCCAUCUGGCUGCCCAAGGUGUCUCUGUUGGCCAACCCUGUGCUCUUCCUGACUGUGAACAAGCCUGUCCGCAAGUGCCUGGUGGGCACAUUGCUGCAGCUGCACGGCCGCUACAGCCGCCGGAACGUGGUGAGCGCGGGGGGUGGGCCGGCCGGCGCCAGCCUGGAGCCCAGCCUGCGCUCGGGCAGCCAGCUCCUGGAGAUGUUCCACAUCGGGCAGCAGCAGAUCUUCAAGCCCGCGGAGGAUGAGGAGGAGAGCGAGGCCGGGCACACUGGCUCGGCUGAGCUCCCGGCCCAGGAGCCAGCGGGGCCCCGCCGGCAGGGGGAGCGCGGCCCGCAGCGCGCACCUGCUGCGUCUCUCCCUGUUUGCCCGGGGGCGCCUGCGGCCCCUGCGGAGCCCGAGACGCUGCCUGACAAGUACUCCCUGCAGUUCGGCUUUGGGCCUUUCGAGUUGCCUCCUCAGUGGCUCUCAGAGACCCGGAACAGCAAGAAGCGGCUGCUUCCCCCGCUGGGGAACACGCCAGAGGAGCUUAUUCAGACAAAGAUGCCCAAGGUAGGCAGGGUGGAGCGGAAGAUGAGCAGAAACAAUAAAGUGAGCAUUUUCCCAAAGGUGGAUUCCUAGUCAGGACUGCCGAGCUCCCACACUCCUGCCUUCCCUUCACUCUGGCUGGCCCCAGGGUUUGGGGCAUCUCAUUGUAACCAGGAAUCGGCUGCCUCCUCCUGCGUGGGCCCUCCUGAAUGAGAGGGAAAUCUUGAGAAGAUCAGUUGUCCUCUUUAUUGAAGGAGUCUACGUAUGUGUCCCUGUGAUCUGUGUCCUUGGUGAAGUGUGCAUUCCUCUCUGUGGAGACAAAAGGUGGGCAGUGCGCAAUGGGUCUUGGGAUGGGUACUCCAUGUGCGUUUUCCGAGGACUCCUUGAUUCCUGGGCCCGGCAGGGAGUAAGGGAGAGAAGAACAUCUGUGAGCUCGAAGGCAGCAGGGGCACCCUGAGGGAAGCCCAAGAUAAUUACGGAGUGGUGUGGCCACAGAGAAAAGGCCUAUUUGAUUGACUCAAGUAGGACAAAUAUUAAAAAACGUUUCAUAUUGAUAUGUAUCUUCAGGGGAGAUAGGGACUUGGCAUUUGACACCUUUUCUCUGGAAGGCCUGAUCGGAUGAAUCAGUUUCUCCUGAAGCCCUUCAUCUCUUUCACUGGGAUGUAGAUGAAGAAAGGCGUUUCCACCCCCAUUUGACAGACAAGGCAAUAGGUGGGCCUGGGGGUCAGGGAGGAGAUAUUCUGUCUCGAAUAUCCUGAUAUUCUCCUGGCACCACUGAAAGCCUCAGAAAGUCUGUCUGCAGUGUUGGUUGGAAAACACUACAAGUGCUUUACUAUGUCUUUCCCCCUGAAUUGCAUUUUUUUCAAUCAACGAGAGAGAAGCUAAGAGGUAGAGAAGAAAGACAGAGAUGUCCAUACCCUGUAGUCUCUUCUCUUCCAAUGUUGAUUUCAUGUGAAAGGGGCCAUGUCACCAUCAGUAAGAGUGAAGUAUAUUGAAAAAAAAUUACCUUGCGCCAACUUUUAGAAUUAAAAGGUAAUUUAAAAAUGCAGAGUUAGUGUAAACUGGGUCCUCUGGAAACAUAAAAAUACUUGAUUAGGAAAGGUGAUGCUGCCAAAAGAGUGAGAGAAGUCAAAGAUGGCUUCCUUCUGAUGAGGACUCCAGAACCCAGGUGUGGUCAGCCUCAUGUUCAGUCUCUUUUUGCAACUAUGGUUCUCCCUUCAUUUUGGACACAAAGGAGGAAGAGGACAGGGAGAAAGAUUUUAAUCAUUUUAAAAUGCCCAGGUGGCACCUAGCCCGGGGGAGCCCUUCACUUCCUCUUUACGUUUUUAAAGUUUUAAAACUUUACGUUUUAGCAGGAGUCAGAGUGGAUAGAGGAGGAGGACAGUGUCCUCAACAGAUUAGCCUCCUGGCGGGGGGUGGGGGGGUGAGGGUGGGCUCUCACAAGCAAUUCAAGUCUUCUCUGGGGUGGAUUUCACCAGGCUAAACUCAAACCAUUGAUGACACUUCACUUUUAAUGAUGGCAGAUCACGUGCCAGUUCCACUCUUCUCUCUAGGACAUUUUGUUCUUGGUAAUAGUAUGUUGGGGGGGGGGGGCAAUCCAGUGCCUUGAGCAAGCUUGAAUGAAAGUGGACAUUCUCACCGGCAAACUUCCUUCCACAUCCCAACGGCAGUGGCCCUCAUGGAUCACUUCCUAAAACCGCACUGACCUGUUGUCCCUCUCAGGAAGCUCAGGCUAUGUGUAGGGAGUUUCCUUUUCCUGUUCUCUUCCUGGGUGUGGUGUCUUGUGAUUCCAGAAUCUGAACCCAAAGUCCCUUCCCCGGGAGAGGGAAAGCCUUCCUCUUCGCGUUGUGUCUCCUUGCCGUGUUGUGUGCGCUCAGCACAAACGGGGGGCUGCCACACCCUCUCGGCACCCCCCACCUCCCAGGCCCUUUGUGCAUGCCCUGAUAGUUAACUGUGGCCCUUCAGGCUUAUCUUUCAAAACCUUCACAGUUGUUACAACGUUUCUCCAGGGGAAACAUAAUUUGUCAGAAAAUUGUGUUUAGAAGAACCUGUCAAAUGUAGCCACUUUGGUGGUGUUCUGAUAAUAUAUAUGUACAUCUUAACACAUUCUGGUGAGGCAGAAUUUGGGAGUUAUUUCUUAUGUAUGUUUGAAGCGGAUGGUUGACUUCUAACAGGUCAUUGCCAGAUGUAUUUCUAUAGUCUUUGAAGAAUUCCGUUUUAAUAAAAAACUGAAAAGCCGUUUCUGAACUCA